AUGCAUAUAUUUUUCUUAAAACAUAAUCCUACCACCACAACAUAACACACCCAAAACUAAAAACCUUCCAAAUUCAAAGUUAUAUGGAGUUGAGUUCAAGUGUCACCCUAACAUGGAAAUUUUGCACAAUAGUAAGUUUAUUGGGUUGCUUUAUUCUUGUCAUUUUCCUACACAAAAAUGAUCAAAUUCUUGUUACAACUACAAUUAGCGCGGUGCUAGAAUUAGCACCAACGACGCAACCGGAGGUGCUAAGCACAAUCGUUACACCCUCAAAACUUGCUAAUUAUAGUAAUUAUAAGACCGAAAAAGUUUCUAUUGUUAGUAACUUUAGUCGUAGUAAUGUAGUUGUUGAAACUCCGCCAUCUUCUUUUAAUCUUACGUACAUAAAGUCAAAAUAUAAAGAGAAAGCAACAAAACUGGUUAGGAAAAGGUGUAAUAUGUUUGAAGGGAGAUGGGUUUACAAGCCCGAAGCAAAUCCUAUUUAUAACGUAACAAGUUGUCCUUUCAUUGAAGAGAAGAUGAGCUGCCAAAGGAACGGGAGGCCCGAUUUCGAGUACGAAAAAUGGUCCUGGGAAGCUAGAGAUUGCAAGAUUCCGUUGCUAAAUGGAAGAGACAUGGUGGAAAAGUUUAGAAACAAAAGAGUGAUAUUAGUAGGAGACUCACUAAACAGAAACAUGUGGGAAUCUCUUGCUUGCAUUCUCUAUUCUUCCAUUCCCAAUCCUUCUUCAAUUGCUCAAAUUCAAAGUGAUGGUAAAAUGAUCAGAACAAUGUUAAAGGCAAAGGAAGAAUAUAAUUUCACAGUAGAGUUUUUUUGGAGUCCAUUUCUAGUAGAAUUGAAGAAAAACCAUGAAAGUGGGAAGAAAGUUCUUAUUUUAGAUAAACUCUCACCAAACUCAGAAUUAUGGGCUGGAGCUGAUAUUAUGGUGUUUAAUUCAGGCCAUUGGUGGACUCAACUUGGAAAAAAGAAAGCAUGGGAAUUGUUCGAAUACAAAGAGAAGCUAAUAAAGGAUAUGCCACUACAUAUAGCAUAUAAAAGAGGCAUGAAAACAUGGGCAAAAUGGAUCCAAAAAAAUGUGGAUCCAAAUAAAACAUCCCUUUUCGUUAGGGGUGUUUCAGCUGAACACUUAGAUAAACAAAGAAAUCAAUGGUGUUACACUAAAACUAAACCUAUUAUGGAUGAAUCCUACAAACCAUUUUUCCCUAGCUCAUUGAUCAAAUCUAUUGAGGGUGUGAUCAAAGGUAUGGGCGAGUCGCGGGUUAAAUAUUUGAACAUUACAAAAUUAUCUGAAUAUAGAAUCGAUGCACAUCCCUCAAUUUAUAGGUAUAAAGAUUGGAAAAUUCGGGCAAAUACAGAUAUAAGUAAUCUCACUUCGACUGCUGAUUGUGGGCAUUGGUGUCUUCCUGGCUUACCAGAUACUUGGAAUAGAUUGUUAUACGCUUCUCUUUACUUUGAUAUUUUAGCUGAUGUAUCUAACUCUUAGCUUAGAUUUUUUAAUAGAACAAAAUUAGUAUGAUUGAUUAUGUAUAAUAUUAUGACUUUAGUAUUGUUUUUAUGAGUAUCUAAUUACUAUUAUUAU